GUAGAAUUUCCUUGUAGACGUGUCGGUUCAUCAGCAGCUCACUUACUGAACUAUUGGCGUGCAUCAUACACCAGCAGCACCGUUGUGUAUCAUAAUUCACCUGAAUAUCAUAAUAUGUAACCAAGAGAAUACUGGGACAUGAAUCUGAUAAAGAUCAUUAUGCCGAAAUUAUUUAUCAGAAGAGCUGUGGUAUGCAUGGCGAUGGCAUGUGUGUUGGUGGUGGUGAGACUACUGGAUACUCUCCACCUCACACACUCUUCCGGCCAAUACCGACGCUUCUGGACCUCGUCCGCACACUUGGUAGAAGGAAAGUACGUGGAUGAAUAUCUCCCUUUCUUGGUAUUUCCUGUACUGGAGGAGAAAAUGAUGGGCGGCAACAUCCUGGAGGAAGCUUUACCAGGGAAAAUCUUGUUGGUGCCAGUGGUGCCCCGUCCAACUCGCCCUCUCCACGACCUCCUCAACUAUCUUCAAAGGUCACUGCCACCAAUGGAGAUACAGCUGUUGCAAGAGGGAGCUAACAUGACACAGAGCAAGGACAGACUAGAGACCAUCAACGACUACUAUAGGUACCUGCAGACACCUCAGGUCUCCUGCCACAAGCUGGUGAAACUGGGCGGGGCUUACUGCAUGAACAAAGUGGAUGACAAAUACCACUUUGACGGCCACAAGUGUGUGUGUAUGGAUCCGGAGCUGGAGAUGGUGGGAGCCAGGGACACCCAUCAGUGCCUCACGCUCUCCUUCGGCACUCAGAGAGACACCACUUUCGAUGAUGCUGCCUCCGAUCUCCCCUGUGAGGUGCACAUGUUCGACAUAUUCAACUACAACCCGCAGCUGACGAGGGAGAAUAACCAUACUUACUUUCAUGUUGUGGGUCUCUCGAACAAGAGGAUAGUGAAGAACUAUAUCAACAUUAACACUACCGUUGAGAUGGACACCCUCAGAGGCCACGUUAUGAGGAACAACCUUUUCCCUCGACCCAUCCACGUGCUGAAGGUUGACAUAGAGCUGGGCGAGUGGGAUGCGUUCCGAGACAUCGUCCAAGACCCACUUUUUGACGCCGUCGGUCAGGUGACGAUGGAGGUACACACAUUCGACUUGAGUGACCAGAAGAUGUCCCUUAAGAAAAAACUCGAGGUCCUGCAGGAGCGGUACGACGUUCUCAGGAUGAUAGAGGCUCGGGGUUUCCGUCGGGUGUUGUAUUGGGACAACGACCUGUCACGGUUUCCCCUGUACGAUGAGGGUGGAAUCAAGCACGUGACGGCCGGGGAGCUCCUCUACCUAAACACCAACUGGUACAACGCCACCUUCAAGCAAAGCUUGGCAACCGAGGGCUUCACUUUCAGGCACCACGAAACAUAUACACUUUCUCCCUAACUCCUCAAACUUCUUAUGAUUGGUAUGCGAUGUCUAUAUUGUAGGGUAAAGUUAUUCUGUAUUGUGUCUAGAAAUUCUACGCGACAGCCGUGUUAAAGGAGCUCUGUAAACUACCUGUUACACUCUCUCAUAAAGGGACAAUUGCCUAAUAUCGGUUAAUUCGUCAUUAAUAACAUUAUAGUGUACUUAUAUAUUUUGGUAAAUAAAGACAAAACCAACAAUAAAGAUGGUUAUUUUACACAUUUGUCAAUAGCACAGAUAUUAAUACAUUAAUCAUAACAUCAUGUUAUUUAUGAAUGGAAAACAUGGAACAUGUACCAGAUCUCAGUUGGGAGUACACAUUGAUGGUUUACUCACCACGCCUAUAACAAACUUCAAUACUGGUAAAAUAAAUAUUUAUGGUUUCA